AUGGCGGGGGUGAUGAACGUUGACCGGAGCCGCACUCGAAGAGAUCGAACAUUUGUUGGAAGUGAAUGCGCGGUGUGCGAGGAACCCUUGGAGCACACUCUGCGCGGAGAGCGGGUCCUUCAAUUCUCUUGCACGCAUGUGGCGCAUGAAGCCUGUGUUUACGAGUACAUCAAGGAAUUCGAAGGCCAGUACUGCCCUACCUGCGAUGCCCCGUUGGAAUUGGAUACCAGUCGAGGGGGCCAUGUGCUGGACAUCGAAAAAUUGAGCAACAUUGUUCGUUCAGCGACCAGUGAUGCCGCCACGCAACGCAGUCUUACCACCCCAACCCCAUGGGAUCAACCCCCAUCCCGUGGACGACCCCCUAGUGAUACAGGAAGUCGAUCCUACCAUCACGACAGCCGGGACCACUGGAGCCGGAGAGAUAGCCGAGAUACCGGCAGUCAGCGGGACCGGAUGGAGCGUCUCACGACGGGAUCCCGCCAACAGCAUUCUCGAAAUGGCAGCGCGGCCGGGUCGUCGGGCGAUUACGAAGCUCAACACCAGAGCAAUGGCAGACGACAUGACUAUGAUGUUCAGGCCAUGGAAUCCGAUCUCAGCCCUCGUCCGCCCCCGACAAAGAAUCCUAUCCCGGCCCCAACGGUCACCAUUCGCAGCGAAUUCCCCACCCUCAACCGUUCCCGGCAACAGCAGUCGUUGACGUGCCUGAUCACGGUGGAAAUCCCCGAAGGGAGCUGGGGUCCGGACUCAGAGGAUUUCCGGAAAAGCACGUCCAGUGCGUUGCCACCGCAGGAUGAGCCAUAUGGGGGCGUGAUGCGUUUUCCCACUGUGCAAGAAGCUCGGUCGAUUCAAUCUGAACCCCAAGAAAAUCUCGAUGACAUUGCCGAGGAUCUGCGUACACGCGUCGACAAUUGGCAUGGCCUGGAGUUUGCACGAUUCGGGAAGCUUCGCUUGCAUGGCCACAUGCGCGUGGGCAAGGAUCGGGAAUCGUGGCAGGAGCUGGAAUGCUACCUCUUUGCUGAGAUGCUCAUCUGUAUCAAAGAGAAGAAGGUCAAUGCUCACCAGUAUGACGACCAACCCAAGCGCAAAUCCACACGGAGUUCGCUCAAGGGUUCAAUUCUCAUCAGGAAGCACCUGAAGAGUGUCGAAAUAUCGUCAGAUGAGCCUGUACUCACCCUCAACCUCUCCGUGAGCGAGCUUCCGUGCUUCUUUCUUCGCUUCCAGAGCCGGAAUCAACUGGAGACCUGGCGUCGGGCUCUUCGCGAUCUCCAUCAGUCUGAUGCCACGUCCCGACAUACCGAUUAUGACGUGGAUCAUUCAGGCGCAGAGGAGGAGGACUACAGGGUUAGCCAGAUCAAGCGGCAGGCCUCGAUCAACUCCUCUUACGGAGCCGGGCGAUCCAACAACACCGCUAUCACCGACUACACCGCGGUAGACAAUCUGUCCAUCUCCACGAUCCACAUUCCUCUCGACGUCGUCGUUGUCAUCCCGGUGUCUUCCUCCAUGCAGGGUCUGAAGAUUACCCUUCUGCGUGACGCGCUCAAGUUCCUCGUGCAAAAUCUCGGGCCCCGAGAUCGCAUGGGGUUGGUGACCUUCGGUUCUAGUGGUGGGGGCGUGCCUCUGGUGGGAAUGACGACCAAGUCGUGGGGUGGAUGGAACAAGAUUCUCAACUCUAUCCGCCCUGUUGGACAGAAAAGCCUUCGUGCAGACGUUGUUGAAGGUGCCAAUGUUGCAAUGGACCUGCUGAUGCAGCGGAAGUCGAACAAUCCGGUUUCCACGAUUCUCUUGAUCAGCGACUCGUCCACAUCGGAUCCUGAGAGUGUUGAUUUUGUCGUCUCCAGGGCUGAAGCUGCCAAAAUUAGCAUUCACUCCUUUGGACUUGGAUUGACCCACAAACCCGACACGAUGAUCGAACUCUCCACUCGGACUAAAGGAUCUUACCUUUACGUCAAGGACUGGAUGAUGCUCCGGGAAUGUGUUGCCGGCUGUCUUGGUGCUCUGCAAACCACGUCACAUCAGAACGUCAAGCUGAAGCUGCGUCUUCCUGAGGGCUCGCCCGCCAAAUUCGUCAAGAUCAGCGGGGCUCUUCACACCACCAAGCGCGCCACAGGUAGAGAUGCCGAGGCGGCACUCGGAGACCUCCGGUUUGGAGAUAAGCGUGAUGUGUUGGUCCAGCUUGUCAUCCAGCCCGACAAUUCGACUCAAGAGAGCAUGCCGCAGGAUCCGUGGGAGAGUCUGGUGUCUGGAUUGGAAGCUCUGGGAGGUGGCUCGGACGGAGACGAACAACGCGUGGCGAGCGUGGAGGAGGUUCCCCUGAUUCAGGCGGAUCUCACCUACGGUGAUCUCCUUCGUGAUGGCCAUCUCACCCAUUCGCCUCGCCCGUCGCUGCUUGCGAUCACUAUGCUUCCCCUUAACCCGAGGGCUAGAGGCGGACGCCCCUCGACACCGCCGAUUCCCCCUCAUCCAUCGAUCGUUCAGCGACGCAUGGAGUUGCUCACAUCCGACAUGUUGACUCGAGCGCUGACACUGGUGACUCGUGGACAGCAUGAUCGCGCCCAACAUCUCUUGACCGAGACUCGGAGUAUCCUCAAGGGUCUCGGUAAGGGUGGCCUCCCCCCACUACCGCCCGGUGCUGCGAAGCCAAGUGGUCACAUUGACGCUGGCAGUCGUGGGGAGACCCCCUUAUCUGUCUCUCCCCAGUCUUCUAAUUAUACCGAAGGCCAUUCGUCAGCCGCGUCUGAUGCAGCGACCAUCGCCCCUGUUCCCGCCGUCGACGCACAGACGAUGACAGCGUUGGAUGCGGAUCUGGAGUCUGCGUUGGAAUGGAUCAACCAUCCCGCGGUGUUUGGGCGAGACUCUCGCAAGGCGGUGUUGCAGGCGAUUGGUGUUAUUUCGUCGCAGCGCGCUUACACAUACCGCACGCCAUCCGAGGCUCACUGGGCACAGCGAGUGUUGGGUAUCCGGCGACUGACGGAGCGGUCAAAGGAUUGGCGUGAGACUGGGGACGACGCACUUACCGAAGAGUAA